AUGCUUAGCAGUGACAAUUCUUUCGAGUUUAAAACUGACGCAGAAAAGUUGGGUUCAUCGAAAGUAGAAACCAUCCAAUCAAGUAACUGCAAUCUAGGUCGGGUCAAAGUUUAUAUGAAACUUGUUUCACAUGGUGUCUCCGUUGAGCACCGCAUCAUAUACGCUGAGUAUAUGAUAGCCAUUGAGAUGUUUGACUCACUGAGCCAUCUCGCCGGCCAGCAUGCGACAACUUACGUCGUCUACCCAUUAACCAACCCCGAAAGGAUGGACGGCUGGGUUGACCGGGAGUCGGCUACCCGGAUGAACCUGUAG